UCAUGUUUUGCUUGUACGAUGUUUAUACCACCACCUUUUUCCUUCACUGCGGGAAUAAGACUUUUUCUGUCAACCCGCAACUAGCGAUUCAUGUAUCAUGGUUGGGCGUCAGAACGUGUUUGUGUAUUGCCAACAGAAUUGGGCAGACAACUUGCACAUACCAUAUCGGGUAAAUACAUACUUGAACCACAAAAGACAAAAGUCAUUAAUCAUCUAAAGAGUGGAGAUGAAGGAGAGGGAGAAUGGGAGGUUAUAAUUGCAGUGGAUGGAGCUAUGAAGAACCGGGAAACGAUGCAUUUGGACAUCUGUAUACGAUUACUUUACUUCGUUUCUCUUUUUUUGUCGUUAUCUUCCUUUUUUCUUUUCUUUUUUCUUUUUCUUUCCUGCCUUUUUCUUCCUUUUCAGCAUUGGGACUGGCUUUACACAAAAAAAGCAUAUAGCUGACUGGUCAGCCCUCGGCGUUGGCGGCUUCCCCCAAGAAUGGUGGUUUUUUAUACAGAGGGAAAUACUACUAUUUUUUCACUUUUUUCCUUUCAAACUUUUUCUUUGGUUUGAUACAUGUUUCUCUUUUAUCCUUUUCUCGUUCUUCUUUUUCUUG